ACGGCAUACGGCAUGAGUAACCUGCGUGUUUUAAGUUCGAAGACGAAAGGAGCCCUUGCCAAAAUCGAUGUACUGUAGAAUGAGAAAGAAUUCCGAUGUCAAAUUAUCGUUUAAGGUGUACCAAAAAAUACUAUUGGAUAAAUGAAAAUGAAAUCAUUGAACCUUGUUCUGUUGUUUAUUGGAGUUACCUUAAUAAGCGGAAGCAGUAUGCCGACAAACGCUACUAAUUCAAAAUUCCCAACACACAAGAAUAACAGUGAUUUGGCAAAUGGAACAAACACAUCAACGACAUCAAAGGGCGGUUUUCUUCUAUCAAGACAACAACGAAAGAAUCUUGUCAUCAUUAUUAUAUCGGUUGCCGUCAUCGGAGCUCUCCUUAACAUAGCGGUUAUUCUUGCUAUAGUAUUUGACCCGUUAAGGAUCUUGCGCAAAGGACCGUGGAUAACAAUCUUAAACCUAGCUAUCGCUGAUUUUCUUUGGUGCGUUACUUGUUUUUUCCAAUGGCUGGAUUACUACGAGUUCAACAUCAUCAAUUUUACAGGCAGCGAGAGAUUACUUUACGAGGACAUUGUUCAAUUUGGUUGGUCAUUCAGUAAUGGUGCAUCUUUCUUAUUCCUGACUUUCUUUUCUAUGCAGAUCUUUGUGCUUACAAAACACCCACUGAAAAGUCGUUUUAUGUUUACAACACCCAAGGUUCUGUCAGCCUGUAUCGGGUUAUGGUUGCUCUCGAUACCUGUUGGUUUUUGUUAUAUAAUACACAGAUUUCCGCCCUUCGAUAAACACUUCAGAAAGUUUUGGAUGGCGCGCAUUGCUUUUCUGCAUUUCCUCACACUCGUUCAGCUUAUCCUGAACAUCCAAGUUACUAUUCAGAUUAUUCGCAGCGGCCGAAACACAAAAGAUGAUUGCAGACACAAUAACAAACACAGAAAUAUGGCGAAAACUGUGGUCAUUCUAACCGCAAUUUUCUUUAUUACCACGUUUCCUUUUAGGACACUACGACAAAUUGAAUUCGUCCUCAGAAUGAAUAACACUAAAAUAGGCAAUCUUGAUGAAGUUGCUUAUUUGUUUUAUCCGCUUUUACUAAUGAAUUUUGUCGCGAAUCCCAUCAUGUACUCGUUAAGACAUUCAGACUAUAGACGCACAUUUUUAGCAUUCCUUGGAAAGAUUCGAGGUAAAAACGUCCAUAUCCCAAAAACAACAGCUAACACAUCAUUUAAGCUUACUCAAAGAUCGUCAAUAAACUCGGAUAGAUAUCAGUCAGGCAAAACAAAGCAUAUGUUGACGGAAAGAUUGCCUCUUCAUCACACAAACCGUUUCUAAAUUUUAAAAUGUAAAAUACAACUACAUAACGCACAUCAAUUAGCAAUAUGCGUACUUUGCAUUAAGAAGCAUUUAAAUGGUGUGUAUGCAGAAAAAUGAGAUAGAUAUCUGAAAACAUGUGGGGGGUGGGGAAAAAAGUAGCCUCCACAGUAAAUUAUCGUUAAUAUAUGGUCGUUGCUUGUAAAAUUUCAAUAAACGUGUUGAAAUUUGCUAACAAAAAAAUAUUUACUAAUUAAGAAUAUUUAACUAUACAAAAAUCGAAAGCUAAAAAUGAUAACUUUAAUCAAGUAAUAAAAUAAAUAUUAGGAAAUAGCAGAAAGGAAUAAUGAUGUGAACAUGCAA